GGGUCAGGCGGCGCGCGUCCAUCUUGUUUCGUCACUUUUUCGCUCGGAAGGUAUAUACUGUUAGUUUACCGGAAGAUUUCCCGUGAUCGUGGGUGAGUCACCAACUGCUACCUUUUAGGUGAGCUACUCUUCUCGUAAUCUUUUGAGAUCAGUCAUCUGUGCCAUAUCUUAGAUUGGCCUGACCUACCUUGUGACCUGUCUCUCAAACUUAUAAACGUCAAGGGUGCGAACCUAUCAUUGGUUCGUUUGAAGGCGUAACGCCGAUCGUGAGGUGAAUCGAUAUUUACCAAGGGGACACUCGCCGACGAAGAAAGACAGAACGGCAGAAGGCCAGAGAGGCAGCAGCUGUUCCUCCAGCACCAGGUGACUUCUUUGAUCUUACCAAACAAUGCCACCAAACGCUGAAAUGAGGCGGUUCAGUCCGAAGCCCUUAUUUGGGGGCUCGGUCUGUCAAUACGCCUGGGGGGACCGUCGAUAAUCUGUGAGGCAGAUGUGCAUGCAACGUGCAGCAGACGCCUUACGAGAAAAGAAGCACGCGCACGUGCACGUCGUUGACGGAAGGAAAGAAAGAGAUGAAGAAGGUAUCGAGCAGCUAGGACAGUACAACGACCAGCCGGCGUCCUGGGAGACAAGUCCCUUAAUCCACCGCGUGGAGCUGAGAGAAUAUCGACCUCCGUCUCUCCUUAUCUGUCUUUCAGUUGGCGGCACGCAGUUUCUCUCGGGCUCGUCGAGUGAACCACUCACUACCGGCGCGGUUUCCACUGGCUCUCUCUCUUUCUCUUUCGGGGAAGCCACGCGGACUCCAACGAGACUCUGCGGCGGAGGCUAAGCGACUGAGUCACUAGACGGAGGGAGGGGUUGGGGGGUAGGAAAAAACCCUCACUAGCAGUAGAGUUCGGCUACGAAGGUGGAGUUCAUGUAGCUGGAUGGUUUCGACAUUUUGAACGAGGGAAGCUAUGUGCAAGGACGUGGGGCCGCUGUCUAACCCUGGACGGACACUCGACACGUUGAAUUUAUAAGCAUCAUCAUCAGCAGCAGCAGCAGCAGCAACAGCCUCGAAUACCAGCGUUGACGGCACUACGUUCUUUGGACGCCGAGGGCUUACACCUUCGCGUUACACACGUGCGUUGUGCAGUGUCUUGCUGUGCAAUACGGUGGUUGGCGUGCCUGAAGUCACAAGUGGUGUUGUGUCCUGACGGAUGCUACAUUGUGCGCCACUGUUUACAACUGCAUCAGCCUUUGAAGAGGCACACGCCAUGGCUGGGAGGAUAUGACAGAGAUGGAGAUGCAGACUGCCAUGGCCAUGCACCGAACUCCUUCCUACUUCGUCUGGCCCAACCGCAAACAUGCAUCUUCAAGCCCUCGCCAUUCUACUCCACGUAGCCGAAAGCAAGGUAUGACCACCAACUCAAACAUGAACGCCAGGUCCUCCCCAGGACUGCAGGAUGUCAGCACAGAUGGGAUAUCUAGCAGGGAUGGAGGGGGAGAUGAUUCUGGUCCAUCACCAAGCAAAAUGCGCAGUCCACAUCCCAGAUCAUCAGGUGUGGGAGCGACUGAUACUCAGUCUGUGGAUACCAGACUAUCAGGUGUGUCUGGAGAAUCGGACUCGCAUACGCAGUCAGCUGUGUCCAUCAGUCCUAAACAUAAAGAUCCUGAUCGCAUCAAAAAGGACCGAGAGCGUGAAGAGCGGGUGCGGCUUGCCCGCGAGCGGCUGGAAGAAGAGCGCAAGAAGAAGCUGGUGGAACUGCAGGAGCAGCAGCGGCAGGCGCAGGAAAACCGAGAGAAACAACUGGAGAUGCGUCGCCAAAAGAUUGAGGACUUGAGACGCCGCGACAUAGAACGUCGAGCUGCUGUGGAGGAGCGUAGGAGGGCCAAGGAAGAUGCCGACAGAAGUCGACGAGAGACACUACUCAUUAAGGCCGAGGAACGUGUGGCUCGGUACGAGCAGUGGAGGAGAACUGGCCAGAAAGGUGGGCGUAGUCACUGUCUGGGCUUUGGCAGUGCCACGCCUCGUGCAGUCUGCCAGCCAAUGGAGCGCCCAAGGCGAUCCUCGUCCCAUAGUGCCCUCAUGCGCCGCUCCCCAAAUGGGUCGGACUCGGAUUACUCCUUCCGCCCUCAGCGGCGAGCGCUUUCUGCUUGCAGCACUAUCCGCCGCCACUGUUGUGUUGACAUUAACAGGAUGGGGUCAAUGCCUACUCCAAAACAUCUCUCCGUUUCUACCAGUGUGCUUUAUCACAAAAGAAACACAGACUUCUCUUCUGCUGGAAUGCUAAAUAUCAGCAGCCGUCCUGAAUCGCUUGUUGCUCUCAACACAAUUCCCGAAGGCCGUAGGUCUUUUCUAGCAGCCAUGGGACAGCUGCCCUCCCGGCCUAAGAGUGUCAUGACGCUGAGUGGAUCAUCCACGGGAUCUGCAUCAUCUGUUGUGCCCGGAGGAGGAGUGAGGUUGCGAGAAACAAAAACUCCUCGGAAACCACGGCCAGCAUCAGUUGCAACAUCUAUGCCUAGUUUUGUGGCAUUUGAACCAGCACGACCUUCACCACGGAGCAAAAGUUCCGACAGGCUGGCCAGAGAGCGGUCAAAGACAAGAGUGAAAAGUGCACGACAGAGUGCAGAGAAAGAGGAUGAAAAGGUUGAGGAAGGCAAAGAGAUGGUCAAAACAGUUGUUAAAACAAGUCGUGGCACAAUAGAUCGCCUUUCCACUCCAAAACAGAGUCCUUCUGCACAAGGCAAAGAAACUGCAACAGCUAAACGUGAAUCUCCUGUUAGGAUUUCUCCCAGGAAAGCAUUUUCCACCUCAAAUCUUACUGUACCUCGGAAGAAGCCAUCCAUCAAGGAAAGGCCUACCAAAGAAGCUUCUGGAAAGCCAAAACAUCCAACACCUGCAGCUGUUGCAGCAGCAGCACUGGAGGAUGCAUCCCCCCCUGCACCUGUUGUAGCUUCUACUUCUGCUGCUACUGCCACACCAACAUCAGCUUCCGCCACUCGCACACCUACUCGCGUGCAGUCCCCUGUCCUUGCAGCAGAUGAAGAUGGUGGGUCCGGACGCCCUCUCCAGACUGCCACACCUGGCUCAGCAGGUGAGAUUACAGCUGAGGAAUACAAAGCAAAGCUAGCAGAGAAGAGGAGGCAGGCAAGAGAGAAGGCAGAAAGGGAGGCUGAGGAAGAGAGGAGGAGGCAAGAGGAGAUUCAGCGACAAGAGGAAGAGAGGAGAAGGCAAGAAGAGGAAGACCAGAGGCGGCUAGAGGAAGAAGCGUUGAGGCUUGCUGAGGAAGGAAGGAAAGCAGAGGAGGAACGUCUGAGGAAAGCCAUUGAGGCUGAGGAACAAAGGAGGGCAGAGGAAGCUGCUCGUCUGGAGCAGGAACGUCUGGCUAAAGAAGAAUCAGAAAGAAAAGCGAAAGAAGAGGCUGAACGAUUGGAACAAGAAAAAUUGGAGAAAUCCCGCAGAGACGAGGAGGAACGACUCGAACGAAAGAAGAGGUUGGAGAUGAUCAUGAAGAGGGUCAAGACUGAUGCACCUGUUGAAGGGACAAAGGAAACUCCUAUAAAGACAGUUACUGGCUCCCCUACAAAGAACAUGAGUUCCAACUCCAGUGAUUCUUCUCCAACAGAGCCAGAGAGUAAGGGAAUGCCUGAAGCUUCCCCUGCACCUAGUGUAAAACAGGAUGAAGCUGAACCAAGAUCUGAAAACAUAGAAUCUGAAGAGAGCCAGCCAUUAGUAAGUGCCUCACUGCCUGAGGAACAUACACAAGCUCCUCACACCAAGGAACCUGAUUCUGCCACAGUCUCAUUUAUAGAAGAGGAAAAGGCAGAACCUUCUGUGUUAGCUCAGAACAGUAUGAUGUUCUCUGCUAUGUACUCCCCAGUAGCUGCAUCAGUUGAGGCGGACAAUGGGGUGAGAAACCCAAGUUUAAAUCUCCUCUUUUGCAAAAGCUGGUGGAAGGUAAGGAAGAUGCUGGAGUCGGACAGGCGAGUGGCGGAACUCGAUUCAAGUCUCCUUUACUGCAAAACCUGCUGGGCAAGACAAAAGUCGGAGCGAGAAUAGGGAUUGACCGACAGGACCACUCGGUAAGCACACCAGACCUCAGUAGUCUUGAUCGCAGCGGUGCCAGUGGUGAGGCACGAGGGAGAGGCUUGCAGCCUGCUUCAGAUGCUAUGUCUGCUAGCAUGGUAGAGGUGGGCGGUGGGGAUGCCUCCAGUCGCAAAGAAGUCAUGAACAAUAGUGAGGAGAAAGACGUAGACACUAGUGAGGAUUCAUCAUCUUCCUCUCACUCCUCACCCAGCCAUUCCUCCAGUAAAUCAGCUAGAAUGGUGGCCAAUGGUGAUGGACUGGAGACCUCCCCUCCUUUAAAGACUGUGAGCUUUGUAGAGCCCAUUCAGCAGACGCCUGCCAAUGGCAACGAAGAAGCAAUGGAUGUUUCAGGAAUCGUGGAUGCCUCAGCCCAUGUUGACAUGGCGUCUAGUGGGGCCUCCUUUUGGAGCGAGCAAGACAGUGGGGCUAGCUUUGGGUCAGAUAGUAUUCGCCCAGGAGCCUCUGCCAGCCCACUCCAGCUUUCGUUGAAUGGACAUGGGCUUGUGCCCCACUCGCGUUUGGAGCACUCUGGCCUUGAGGACUCAAGCAUUAGCAUGCGCUCUGUAGAGAGUGGGACCACCUCGAUUACUGACAGUGCUACAGGCAGCAUCUUCUCUAGUGUCUCCAGUCUGCAGCAGAGUCAGGUGCAACUCUCAGUGGGUGGUGACAGAGACUUUGAAGAACUCAUUGACCUCACCAUUAGCAAGAAGUCUGCCACUUCUGAUGCUUCUGAUGACCUAAUCAACUACAACAAGUUUGAGGAUGGGUCAGAAAAAACAAGGCACUGUUCCACCACCUAUAAUUGCAUUUGAAGAACCAGCCACAGCAAUACGGUGUCAAGAUGUUAAAGAUCUCCUCUCUUGACAGCAUUCUGCAUAGCCUCCACCUGCAGGAGGGACCUGUACGCUAUGGUUGAGACAUUACUGGCCACAUUCGUCUGCUCCUCCUGAGGAAUUUUUCUACGCAAUCUAGGGCCCAUUUAUUUGCCAGGACAGAAGCUGUUUGUCUGCCAUGGCUGUGCGUGACAGAGAGGCCACAAGUGUUGGCAAUAAUGGUGAUGACCGGUCAGCCCAGGAAGACAGUUGCAGUGAUAGAUUGAUUAUGAUUUCUAGCAGGAAGGGGUUUGGCAGCUUCUCACCAUGGUUGCAUGGUUCAAGUGACAAUGACAGCGAGGCUGGCAGAAAGGAGAUCAUUUUAGCACUUGACAGUCCAUCAAAUGAAGCAUGCCACAGAAGCAGGGACGUUGUUGAGCUUGAGAUGCCAGCAGCUAGCUUUCUUGAGCAAGAUCUGUGGGAGCAAGCAGAAAAGGAUAAUGCUUGCCAAACAUCCACAGGUCAUAAAAGUGCUAGAGGAUUUUGGUAUCGCUAACGUAAAACCAGCAACAGAUGUCAUGGAAGAGCAGCUUUGGCAGGUUGUGCUAAGAGAGAUCACGUUUCAUGAGGCAUCUGAUCUAGUCUAGUCUCACUUAGCAGCAUUCUGAGCGCUCUGCCAGAGGGAAUGGUAUUUGUCCUACAAAGACAUUCCUAGAAGUCCAUUAUGGUACUAUUUGGUCAGUGAUUUUUGCUAAUUGUUGAUUGCAGUGAUGUGUGGGGGUAAAAAGUGGUGACGGUCUUGCUUGUGUGACCUGCUGCUAAUGCUCUCAGUUCAGUUCCUUGACCUGUAAUGGGUCUUUGGGGGCACUGAACAAAUGCUCAUGCUAUAGGUGUGCAUAUACAGAUGAAACAAGGGAGAUAAUAGUUAUUUAUACAUUACUAGGUCUGUCGCAAAAGGAGGAAAUGCUUUCAACAUUUAUUACAAAUAAUUUGAAGAAGAGAGCUUGUGAAUCUAUAGACGAUAAAACAAGAAAACUAGAAUUUAUUUUUUUGUGGAUGGAUGGGGGGAAUAGGCAAUGCCAUAUAGUGUUUUUAUUUAAAUUAAAAACUGAAUCCAACCUAAAUGGCAUAAUAAAUCUAGGUACUGAUUGCUCAGCCUAUGAUCUUGCUCAUAUGAAUUAGCUGUCAAAUGAUAUCUUUUUGUCACUGACAUUAACAGUUCGAGAGAUAUACCUAGACGAUGUCAAUGGCAUUGUGGUUGUGAAAGCCAUCUUGGGUUUGCCAAGCUCUAAAAAGGCAGACAUCUUUGUGGAUUUUAUCCAAACAGGGCUUUGGGUAGGGGAGUAGACCUGAAUCACAAGACUCUGGCAGAAAAGUUGCAGGUGGAGUAGAGGGUGGGUAACUUACAUGUACACUUUUCUUUGUUUUGACAGUUGUGACAUGAGCUUUAACCAUAUUCAUAGAAAAGUUAGCAAGCAUGGAAGGUGUGCAUAUGCAGUGUUGAAAACUUUUACUAAGUUUGUGUAAAUGCCAGCAUUGUCACUUGGCACAUUUCUGUUAGAUUCUCCUCACUCCUGUCUUUGAUUGGAAUGUAAUUUCAAAUGAACGACUGUGCCACCAAUCACAUUUGUUUCUUAAAAGCACAUGCACAUGAGGGAAAAGGGGUGAUGGCAGGAACAGAAGGUGUUUGUACACAUGAUCUUUAAGUUACAAAAGCUAGGGAUUUUUUGUGGGUCUUAAAGAUUGGGCAUGCAAAGAUUAGGUUAUGAUAGAGUCCCCUGGACUUACCAGUCACUUGUAAUGAAGUGUGAAUGUGUGUGAUACAAAGGUUAAGAACAUUUGCAUGUUGUGGGGUCCCCCUCCCCCUUUUUUUAAGUGAGAAUUUUACGUACAUUGAAAUUCCUACAAAUAAAAAAACAUUUUCAGCAAACAAAAUGAGGAAAUCUGUUGAAAUAUUAAUCUAGCACACUUGCUUAGACCUAUGAACAAUUUGUAUGACUGCUACACUGGUAUUUAAUUUGUAAACUUCCAGAUUCAAGCUGACAUUUCACUUGUCCUGUUCAGACACAGUAAACUUGCGGAAUAGGCAUUGCCAAAGUCACUCUUUUAGAAGGUGUACAGUGCUAAUGUAGUACCAGCUAGCUGCUUAACACUAGUCAGGUUCAGUUGUUUGCAAUACUUGAUAAUGUUCCUGCCAUUACAUGUUCAGAUAUAUUGUUUCUUCUGUGAUGGCAUUGUCUCUUCUCCUUUAUGAUGACAUGCUUCUUUACAGCCCUCUUUUGGGAAAAGAAAUAAGACUGCCCACUCCUUAUUACUCACUUUUGCUAGGUUUAUUUUUUGGUCUCUGUUGAAUUGAUGAAAGAGGGAAGUGGUUAGAGCAAACCUUGCACUUCAUGCAGAUUAAUUCAAGGUAGAGCAGUAAAUGAUACCAGGAUUCAGUCCUUAAUAGAUCAUGCAGCUGGGUAACCACAACAUUGUUUGCCAAUUUAUCUCCUGGAGAAAUGUCAGUGUUGCUUAACAUAUAUUUAGACAUCAAAAGCUGCAUUUUUACUUCUUUUUUUUUUUUUUUUUUUUUUUUUUUUUGAGAUUUUUUAAAAAAUACUUUAGGCUAAUUGUGACAAGGCUGUGCAUCUGAGUGUAGCAAAGGGUAUAUGUUCUGUAAGCCUAAAAUGUGAAAGAUGCUAAUUUAUUAUUCCACGUGGAUUUUUUCAUGUUUGGAUGGACAGCUCCAUAUCUCAUAACAACAGUUAUUGAUGUGAUCUUUAAUUAAUGUAUGACUAUCAUAAUGUGAUUACUUGGCUUUUUUUUCCCCCUACUUUAAGCAUCGUUGCUUUCGACCAGCUGGUGGCUAGCUGGGCUUGUGAGAAAGAAAAGCUGACAGUGUUGAAUACCAUCUGCAUCAUGGAGAUGUUUUACAAUCUUUGCCUUGAUACCAGUGUAACCUGUUGCAAAUGCACACAGAUUUCUUCAUGUUGUUUAAAACAUUUAUAACAUUUUGCAAUUUUUCACUGGCUUUCCAUGAUCAAUACAUGCCCUAUCAAACAUUUUAACAGAACAAUGAAAUUGAGCUGUUUUGUCUGCUUUUUCAAAAUUGAUCUUGUAGAAAUGGAUGUUUCGGUCAAGGUGGUUUUUGGUCUUGUCUUGGACUGUACUAAUAGAAGCCAUUCUUGGAGAGGAAAUACUGUCAAUAUUUAUUCCUCAAAGUAAUAAACGCUUUUUUCACAUUCAAACUGUAUAAUUGUGUGAAUGAGGUGAUAAAUGUUUGACCACUAAAAUUUAAAGUUCAUCAGGAGUAUUUUGCUCAAUUGUGUUUAUUUUUCAAUUUAGAAACUAUGCAUGCAGAGUGGAAGUUUGCUUGGAAUGGGUUAUUCUCAUUGCUGUCUCAGUAAUAGAAUGUUAAUUUCGAGAGUGCUGUUGAGUUUUAUUGUCAAAAUGUGUUCUUGUAACAGAGAAACAUCUAAAAGUAUGCAUCUUUGAUUCAUAAUGAGCUUUUGACCUGUACGGCUAAACUUUAUAAGAAGAAAUAGGGAUAUGAUUGUCAUUUUGUAGUUAAUCCUGCAAGAAGUGGCACAGAAUUAGGGCAGGAUUCUGAGAGAUGGGGAGAAAACCAGCUUUUUGCAACUGUUCUUUGCUUGGAUUGCCUUUGGCAUGCAAAAAUUGUAACUCUGUUACAAUGUUUCAUCACAGUGACUCAGAAUUUAAAUCAAAAGAAAGGCUGUGGAUGUUGAACUAACAGUACACGAAUAACAGCAGUCCCGCAGGGUGGUGAAGUAUAUGCAAAAAAGAAAUACAUUUCUUUAUAAUUUUAGGAUUUUCCCAGGAGUCACAUUAAUCCCACUAAGGUAAGAAGUCUUUGACAAUUUUUUUUUACAUAAUUCAGUUUUUGAUAUUUGUGACUAAUCUUAGGUGGCAACAAUUUUUCUGCUUUUUUCAACUUUUACUAGUAAUUGGAACACAAUAUAUACAAGGUAUAUUUCUGGUAUUAUAAUCAUGUGUAGUUUAUGCAGGAGUAAAUAUUUAUAUUCAUGGUAUUUAUAUGCAGAAAUGCACCAGCUUAAAUGCCAGUUAACAGAGGUUUACUUACUUAUACACUCUUUCAAUCAGCAAGUUUAUAGAGCGCCUUUCUCCAGCACCAACCAGACUCGAAGUGCUUUGCGUGCAUAGAGGCACACAAGCACACACUAUUUUUAAAGGGUAGGCAUUAAAUUCGCCUUCAUUUAAAAUGUGCAUGCACUCAGCACAUAAAGAUGCACACAUACAAAUACAAAGAAGUAUGCGCAAUGAGCAUUCUUCGGAAUGGAUACCUGCGCAUUACAAAUCGACUUAUUAUUAUUAUUAAUUAUGCCAGCACUUUUCCUUAAAUGUAUGUUAAAGCUUUAAGUUAUAAACUGAAGUACCUACCCUAGAUUCAUCAACAUAAAAUGGAUGCUUGCACAUUGAUAGAAUAAGAAGAGAGUGUGUGCAUGCACGCAAAAAUGAUUCGUUGAUUUGACCAAGGCUGCAGAUGUGUGUUUGUAAACAUCCAUAUCUUCGCAAGUAUGACCACAAUGAAAACUCAGAAGAUACAGAUUUAUGCCUUUUUUUGCCAUUUCAUGAGAAUAUGUAUUACUGCCUACAUAACAGAGCAUCUCUCAUCAAGAUAUAUAAACUCUGGUGGUCAGCAGACAACACUUUUCCUCCACCAGUUCCAAUUGCCAUGUUUCCAAACUAAAUCAGUGGUGUACAUAUACCAUGUUACAGUCAAAAGAGAAAACUAGUGAAGUAGUGUAUGUGGUUGAAACUAUUUGUAACAGUGUCAGGAGUAUAGGAUAUAGGAUGGUCUUCAACAUACUUUAACAACCAUUUUAAAUUGUGAUAAGAGUGGAAGAAAAUUUUGUUUAUUAUCAUUAGGUCCAUAGAUGCAAAGUAGCUUGGCUUUGACACCUCUUACAGUUAUUUUAAUAACACAAUGCAACCGUUUAUCAAGAGCAGUGUGGUAGGUGAGCUAGCCUAUGGAAUGCUGCCUUCUUUGGUUGUGUAGAAAUUUACAUUCAGCUUCUACUUGUUAAACUUUGUGCAUCAUAACCUCUGAUGCCAAGUACAAGCGAAUAAAAUGUCUUCUUUCAUU